AUGGGUGCUUCACUGCCCACCGAGACCUUUUGUGCGCCCCCCUCUGCAUGGUGUGAAGUCCCAUCAGCGGAUGGCAGGAAGGGAGCAGUUUGUGGGGUUAUUGGGUCGCGGUGCCAGGAGGAUUUUGUGGGUGGAGCGGUACCUAGAAGGAUAAAUUACACAACAUUUUCUCGUGCUUCCUCUAUUGCGCUCGAUACAUUCUCCCUUCGCUCCCCGUUACUUCUAGUGAGUGCUAGUAUUCCUCACGAUGUGGCUGAAUGGAUUGGCCCUUCUUUGAGCUACAUACGUACAGGCGCGUGUGGGGCUACUGUUCGCGCGGAUGAGGUAGUCAGUUCCGCUUCGGGGUGA